CCUAACAGCCUCGGUCUUUUUUAUUCCCUCUUAUCGGUCCCACCACCGCCGCUUGAUUUACCCCGCGCUAUCCGAAACUCCGUGUCUUCUCGUCCUUCUCUGCGCCGUCCAUCCCGCACACGCACCCCUGACGCACCCCUCUCUUACCUUUCUAUAUCACCAAAAUCGGCACUGUGGUGUCCGCAUAGUUGACAAUGGGCAAGUCACAGUCGAAGCUCUCCCCCGCUCAGCUGGACGAACUCCAAAAGGCGACACAUUUCGAUAAGAAGGAACUGCAGCAAUGGUAUAAGGGCUUCCUCAAAGACUGCCCGUCGGGCACCCUCACCAAGGAAGAGUUCCAGAAGAUCUACCGCCAGUUCUUCCCCUUCGGCGACCCGUCCUCGUUCGCGAACUACGUGUUCCGGGUGUUCGACUCGGACAACAGCGGGAUGAUCGACUUCAAGGAGUUCAUCUGUGCCUUGUCGGUGACCUCCCGGGGCAAGAUGGAGGAUAAGCUGGACUGGGCGUUCCAGCUGUACGACAUCGACGGCGACGGGAAGAUCACGUACGAUGAGAUGCUGGCGAUCGUGGAGGCGAUCUACAAGAUGGUCGGCUCGAUGGUAAAACUCCCCGAAGACGAAGACACCCCCGAGAAACGGGUGCGCAAGAUCUUCCGCAUGAUGGACAAGGACGAGAACGGGAGCCUGGACAUGGAGGAAUUCAAGGAGGGGAGCAAACGGGACGAGACGAUCGUGAGCGCCCUCUCGCUGUAUGAUGGGUUGGUAUAAAGCUUCCCAGCCGUCCACUACUCGUAUGUUGUUGUUUCUUUUUAACUGGAAUUCUCUCCGCUCGGUGAAACUUGGCGCUUACUCGUUCUCGACUUGUUCUUGUUCUUGUUCCUCCUCUCCAUUGUGC